CUCCCUCUCGCCGCCUGUGGGGAAGUCGGGACCGCCACCGAGGCAAUCGCCACCUUCUCGCCCCAACCUCUUUCCCCAGUCCCCUAUCGGCACAGUCCUUCUCGCCCGCACACCCCCGAGUAGUGAGUGACCCCGCGUGGGGGCCGCUGGGUCCGGAGAGUCACCGCGGCGGUGCCGGGUGGUGUUUAAACCAUGUUAAGGAGGAUUUUGCAGAGGACUCCUGGGAGAGUUGGCUCACAAGGUUCUGAUUUAGAUUCAUCAGGAACUCCUGCAAACACAGUAGAUGUCAAUAAUGAAAGCUCUUCAGAGGGCUUCAUAUGUCCCCAGUGUAUGAAAUCUCUUGGAUCUGCUGAUGAACUUUUCAAACACUAUGAAGCAGUUCAUAAUGCUGGUAAUGAUUCAAGUCAUGGAGGAGAGGCUCAUCUUGCUCUGAAGCGAGAUGACAUAACACUACUGAGACAAGAGGUCCAGGACCUACAGGCUUCACUUAAGGAAGAAAAAUGGUACUCGGAAGAAUUAAAGAAAGAAUUAGAAAAAUUUCAAGGGUUGCAGCAGCAAGAGUCUAAACCUGAUGGAUUGGUGGCUGAUUCAUCAGCAGAGCUACAGUCUUUGGAACAACAAUUAGAAGAAGCCCAAACAGAAAAUUUUAAUAUUAAGCAAAUGAAAGACUUAUUUGAGCAGAAAGCAGCCCAACUUGCUACUGAAAUUGCAGAUAUAAAGUCAAAAUAUGAUGAAGAAAGGAGUCUUCGAGAAGCUGCUGAACAAAGAGUGACACAUCUGACAGAAGAAUUGAACAGAGAGGCUACUAUAAUUCAAGACCUGAAGACUGAACUGCUUCAGAGACCUGGUAUAGAAGAUGUUGCUGUGCUUAAGAGAGAACUUGUCCAAGUUCAAACACUAAUGGACAGCAUGACCUUGGAACGUGAGAGAGAAUCUGAAAAACUGAAAGAUGAAUGCAAACAGUUACAAGCAGAAUAUGCUAACUCAGAGGCUACAAUAAGCCAGCUAAGGAGUGAACUUGCCAAAGGUCCCCAGGAAGUUGCUGUGUAUGUGCAUGAACUACAAAAACUUAAAAGUUCAGUUAAUGAAUUAACACAAAAAAAUCAGAUUUUGACUGAGAAAUUACUGAAGCAAGAACUGGACUAUACACAGUUAGAGGAGAAACAUAAUGAAGAAUCUGUGAGUAAAAAGAAUAUACAGGCAAGCCUUCAUCAAAAAGAUCUAGAUUGUCAACAGCUUCAAUCAAGAUUAUCUGCAUCUGAAACUUCGCUACAGAGAAUGCAAGCAGAACUAGGUGAAAAAGGAGAAGCUACUCAAAAACUCAAAGAAGAAUUAUCAGAAGUAGAGACCAAGUACCAGCAUCUUAAGGCAGAGUUUAAACAGCUACAACAACAGAGAGAAGAAAAGGAGCAGCAUGGGUUACAACUCCAAAGUGAAAUUAAUCAAUUACAUAGCAAACUUUUGGAGACAGAACGCCAACUAGGGGAAGCUCAUGGUAGGCUGAAGGAACAGAGACAGCUUUCAAGUGAAAAACUGAUGGAUAAAGAACAACAAGUGGCUGAUCUACAACUCAAACUUUCUCGUUUAGAAGAACAGCUGAAGGAAAAAGUAACAAAUUCCACAGAACUGCAGCAUCAAUUAGAUAAAACAAAGCAGCAGCAUCAAGAACAACAAGCUCUUCAACAAAGCACUACAGCAAAACUUCGAGAAGCCCAGAAUGAUUUAGAACAAGUGCUGCGUCAAAUUGGCGAUAAGGACCAAAAGAUCCAGAACCUUGAAGCCUUACUACAGAAGAGUAAAGAGAAUAUUUCCUUACUAGAAAAAGAAAGAGAAGAUCUUUAUGCAAAAAUUCAGGCUGGUGAAGGAGAGACAGCUGUUCUUAACCAGUUACAAGAAAAAAACCAUACAUUACAAGAACAAGUAACUCAACUAACAGAGAAGCUGAAGAAUCAGUCAGAAAGCCAUAAACAAGCCCAGGAAAAUUUGCAUGAUCAGGUGCAGGAGCAGAAGGCCCAUCUUAGAGCUGCACAAGACCGUGUCCUUUCCUUAGAAACCAGUGUCAAUGAGUUGAAUAGUCAAUUAAAUGAAAGUAAGGAGAAGGUCUCCCAGCUUGACAUACAGAUUAAAGCCAAAACUGAAUUAUUACUAUCAGCAGAAGCAGCGAAAACUGCUCAAAGAGCAGACCUUCAGAAUCAUUUGGAUACAGCACAAAAUGCAUUACAAGAUAAACAGCAGGAGUUAAAUAAGAUCACUACUCAAUUGGAUCAGGUAACUACAAAGUUGCAGGACAGGCAAGAGCACUGCAGUCAGCUGGAAAGUCAUCUUAAAGAAUAUAAAGAGAAACAUCUCUCUUUAGAACAGAAAACUGAAGAGCUAGAAGGUCAAAUUAAGAAACUAGAAGCUGAUACUGUUGAAGUUAAAGCAAGCAAGGAGCAAGCUUUGCAGGAUCUACAGCAGCAAAGACAGCUGAGCAGAGAUUUAGAGCUCAGAGCCACAGAAUUGAAUAAACAACUUGAAAUGGAGAAAGAAAUAGUAUCCAGUACAAAAUUGGAUCUACAGAAAAAAUCUGAAGCCCUUGAAAAUAUUAAGCAAACGCUUACCAAGCAAGAGAAAGAAAAAGUAAUUCUUAAACAAAAAAUUGAAAAUUUAAAUCAAGAAUCAAAGAUGCAGCACCAGGAAUUGAAUAACAGAAUUCAAGCAGCAGCAACAGAACUACAAAAAGUAAAGAUGGAGAAAGAAACUCUAAUAACAGAACUUUCUGCAACAAAAGAGAAAUUAUCAAAAGUUUCUGAUUCUUUGAAAAACUCCAGAAGUGAACUUGAAAAGGAAAAUCAAAAAGGAAAAGCUGCUAUAUUAGAAUUGGAAAAAACUUGCAAAGAAUUGAAGCAUCAACUUCAAGUACAGACGGAAAGCACACUUCAAGAACAGAAUGAACUGAAAAAGUCACUGGAACAAGAGAAGGAGACAUGUCAUCAGUUGAAGUUGGAGAUUAAUUCAAUGCAAGGACAAGUUGCACAGGCCCAGAAUACUUUAAAACAAAAGGAAAAAGAAGAGCAACAACUUCAGGGAAACAUAAAUGAGCUCAAGCAAUUGACUGAACAGAAGAAGAAGCAAAUUGAAGCACUCCAAGGAGAGAUUAAAAUUGCUGUUUCACAGAAGACAGAGCUUGAGAAUAAACUUCAACAACAGUUAACACAGGCAGCACAGGAGCUCACAGCAGAGAAAGAAAAAAUGUCAGUAUUACAAAACACCUAUGGAAAAAGUCAGGAAACUCUGAAACAGCUUCAGUCUGAUUUCUAUGGGAAGGAAUCUGAGCUUCUAGCCACAAGGCAAGAUCUUAAGUCUGUAGAAGAGAAGCUUUCUCUAGCACAGGAGGACUUGAUUUCAAACAGAAGUCAAAUUGAAAACCAAAAAAAAUUGAUUCAAGAACUGAAGACUGCCAAGGCUACUUUGGAGCAGGAUUCAGCUAAGAAGGAACAACAAUUGAAGGAGCAGUGUAAAGCACUACAAGAUAUUCAAAAAGAAAAGGUAUUUUAUUUUUCUGACUUAAGUCUAGAAUCUGAGGUAACAAGUCUCAAGGAUGCCAAACAACUUUUGAUUCAGCAGAAAUUGGAGCUUCAGGGAAAAGUAGACUCCCUGAAGACUACUCUUGAACAGGAGAAGAAAAACCAGCAAGUCCUGAAAGAGCAGGCGAAAAAGGAAGAAGAUGAGCUGAAAAAAGAAUUCACUGAGAAGGAAGCUAAAUUGCAUUCUGAAAUAAAAGAAAAAGAAGUAGGAAUCAAGAAGCAUGAAGAAAAUGAAGCGAAACUUACCAUGCAGAUUACUGCAUUAAAUGAAAAUUUAGGCACUGUAAAGAAGGAGUGGCAGUCUAGUCAAUGGAGAGUUAGUGAACUUGAGAAGCAAACAGAUGACCUACGGGGUGAAAUUGCAGUAUUAGAAGCAACGGUGCAGAAUAAUCAAGAUGAAAGGAGAGCACUGCUAGAAAGAUGUCUUAAAGGCGAAGGUGAAAUAGAAAAGCUUCAAACCAAAGUAGUAGAAUUGCAAAGAAAGCUGGAUAAUACGACUGCAGCAGUGCAGGAACUGGGCAGAGAAAAUCAGUCCCUUCAGAUCAAACAUACACAAGCAUUGAAUAGAAAGUGGGCUGAAGACAAUGAAGUACAAAACUGUAUGGCUUGCGGAAAAGGCUUUUCAGUAACUGUGAGACGGCAUCACUGCAGACAGUGUGGAAAUAUCUUCUGUGCUGAGUGUUCAGCCAAAAAUGCCUUAACUCCUUCUUCCAAGAAGCCUGUUCGUGUCUGUGAUGCAUGUUUCAAUGACUUGCAAGGAUAAUGGAUUAUCACAACAUCACAGUAAUAUUACACUAACAUUAGAUUUUUAAUAAAUGCACUUAAUAGAGUACUUGGACUACUAUUUGAUUUGGACAGCGGUUGCAAUACUAGACCAAAUUAGAAUUCGUAUAUUUUGAAAGGUUAUCAAUAUCAAGUAAAACUCUUCUAUUUUUGUGAAACUUGGGUUCAUCUUUCAUUAUUUUUUUCCAUUUAACCCCCGGGGUUUUAUGCCAAGUUUAGAAUUAGCCAAUGAAAUGUAAAUAAACUUUGGACAGAAAAUAGCAAUGUAUUUUUUUAAAUAUAAUUUAAUUGUUCACAAAUAACAUGACUAUGAUUCCAUAGCUUCUUUCUCCCAAAUUUAAGGUACAAAAAUGUACUUAAAGGAUGUUGUCACUUGUGUUUUUGUUGCACAAUAAUGCAUUAUUAUAUAAGAUAUUCUUUGUGAAGUCAUGCACAGAACUGUAAAACUUUCUAACAAACUUUUUUUCUUAUGUAUAGGUCCAUAGAUCAAUUGCACUGUUAUGUUAUAAGUUUACUACUUGAGUAUUCUAAAUACAGUUUAUUUUAAAAUAUGUAUUAACCAUGAAUUCAAACAUGGCCUUUGUUUUAACAGUACAGAUAAAAUUCUCUUGGAGGGAUUUUAUGAAAACCUCUAUAAAAUCAAUUUACUUACUUUUUGGUUAUCCUGGGGUUGUAUUUUAAAGAUUAGAGUUAAUUUUUCUUUUUGUCUUUUUCUAUCUCACUUUUAAACCCCUUCAUACUCUUUAUUAUGAACCUUAAAAAGCUUCCUACCUUCAUCCCCAAUUGGAGGAUGAAUAAUAGACACUGUAUAAUGGUCCCAUUCUUUGUUUCUGGUAAGUGGGAAGUCUUCUGAGAUUAGCCUUCAUAUUGUAACUUCGUUUGGUCUCUCCAGCAUCUUCAGGAAUCUGGGUUUGCUUUUUUUCUUAAGGGAUCUAUUUUUUUCUUAAUUUGGUUUAACCUUCCCAAGCAUAGCUUAGCUUCACUGUAAUUGUUUUAUAAAUCUGCAUCUUCUAGUAAUUGAUAUUGCUACAGCCUUAUCUGUAAAAACAAAAUUAAAAAAAAUAAUAAGACAUUAAAUAUUCUACUUUAUAUUUCUUAUCUAUUAGGGAAGAAUUUUUCAGAGUUGUAAAACUGACUUAAACUUAAAUUGAUUCAGAAUUUGGGGCUUCAUAUCAACUGGGAAAUCUUUUUACUUUGUAAAAAUAAUGCUGAGCAAUUACCUUGCAGUAACAGCUGGACAAGAAAGUAUCACCAAAAAUAAAUGUAUUCAGAAAUCCCAAAGUUAAUUAUGAAAACUGAAACAGCGUAAACACCAUUAGGAUAAUGAAUGAUUAGCCUAUUUGUAUGUGGAAUAAUGGCAUUGAACUUUAACUUAUUACAGUCUCAGUAAUUUGGAAAAUGGGACAGAGUCAGCAUUAAUACUGGUUUAUUACUUUCUUUAGAGAAGAAAUACAAUGUCACACAUUUGUUCAGUGCAGUCAUUUGCUAACAAUAACAGGGAAGGACUGAAGUUAGCAUUUCAUUUACAAUAAAUAGUUUGUAAUAUGCACUUGCUUUCAAAUGCCAUGCUGAAUUAAAAUGAUCAUGUUUAUACUAUGCCUGUGACAUACAUAAACUAAAAGAGAUUGCCAUGUAUUCGUUUAAUUAUAAAAAAAAACAAAAACACUUAAGUAAACCUUGUUGUUAUUAAAGACACUGAUUGAGUCCCUGGACUUAGAAAAAUGUAUAUAUCCUUAAGCAUAAAUAAUGAAGAAAUACAAUGAUUCUUUAUUUUUUAAUUUUUUUUAAUUGUACUUCAGGUGAAGGCUUACAGAAGAAAUAGUUUCUCAUGAAACACUAGUACACAUAUUGUUU